AUGGCAAAUGAAACUGACAAUUCAACAAACAGCGGUUCAAUUCCAUUAAUUCACAUUUCUUCCUUGGAACAUUUUAAUGGUUCCUUAUCACGAACAAUCCAAUCUCGUUCUGAUGGUGAAGGUAUUACUGGUCAUUUUGACUCCAAAAAUUCUAGUUGGAAAGACUUUAAGGAUGAAUAUCAAGGUGUAUCUAAAGGAAUGUUUUCUCCUCAUAAUGAUGGAACCAUUCUUGAUGGCAUUAUGAUAGAUACUGCGGGAGGAGAAAUUAUGCUUGUUGAUGGCAAAAAAGCAUUGGAGUCUCUUUUAAUGGAAAGACCAAAACUAAUCGAAAUUUUAAUGAAGCCAGGAUGUAUAUAUUUUUGCAGAGACAAUCAAAUUUCUCUUAAUUGUUAUGUUUACAGUCACAUGAUUCAACAACAUUUACGCAAGAUUGGUCAUACGGAGCAAUAG